AGCUCCGACCGAGUCCUGUCGAGAUACGCACGCAUUCUCAUCAUUUACAACUGUUUUCUGCAUGGCUUCCUCGGCGUCUCUCCUCCUCCUCCUCGUCGCUGCUUCGCACGUGUGCUGCUGCCACGGGCAAGGCGGCGACAACGGCGCUGUGGCGGCGAUCUACAGCCUGGGCGACUCCAUCACGGACACGGGGAACCUGGCCAAGGAGGCGCCGCCCGGCGCCUUCGAGACCAUCAAGCACCUCCCCUACGGCGUCACCUUCGGCCGGCCCACCGGCCGGUGCUCCGACGGACUUCUCAUGAUCGACUUCCUCGCUCAGGACAUGGGCCUCCCGUUCCUCAACCCUUACCUGGCCAAGAACAUGAGCUUCGCCCAUGGGGUGAACUUCGCCGUCGCUGGAGCCACCGCCAUGGACCUCGCCGACCAGUUCAACGGGAGCUUCUCCAUGCCCUUCACCUCCAACUCCCUCAAGCUGCAGCUCCGGUGGUUCAAGGACUCCAUGAAGUCCACCUACGCCACUCAUGCAGGCAAUUCAUCAAUUUCCUUCCCUCUUAUUACUCCUCAAUGCACACUCUGUUUUCAACAGUCGGGCAUACUAAUUCUAUAUGUAAAAUCUGUGUGUGCAGUGAUACGCAAAAGGCUCCAAUCAUCUUUGGUUUUGGUCGGGGAGAUCGGAGGAAACGACUACAACUUCGCCUUCUACGCAAACAAGUCUGUCAGUGAGGUGGAGAAAAUGAUCCCAGCUGUGGUUCAGACCAUCAUCAACGCCACCAAGGAAGUGCUGGACAUGGGCGCGAGCAGAGUCAUCGUCCCGGGCAACUUCCCCAUCGGCUGCCUCCCUAGCUACCUCACCGCGAUGGCAGCGCCGGAGCCCUCGGCCUACGACUCUACGGCCUGCCUCAAGGACCUCAACCUCUUCGCCGCCAAGCACAACACGCAGCUCCAGCAAGCCGUGGCCGGUCUCCAGGCGUCAUACCCAGACGCGGCCAUCGCCUACGCAGACUACUUCAACUCCUUCCUCAGCCUCCUCAAGGGCGCCCCGGCGCUCGGCUUCGACUCGAAUAGCACGCACAAGGCGUGCUGCGGCGCCGGCGGCAGGUACAACUACGACUUGAGGCUGAUGUGCGGCGUGGAGGGGACGGCGGUGUGCGCGGACCCGUCGGCGUACGUGAGCUGGGACGGCAUCCACAUGACCCAGGCGGCGUACAAGGCCAUGUCCAGGCUCAUCUACCACGGCCGGUACCUGCAGCCACAGAUACUCAACUUCCCGGAGAAGAAUGGGCAGACGUGAUGAAACUGUUUUGAUUCUCCCCUAGAUGAUGGAAACCUCGCCGCGACAUUUUGAGCCUUUGAUGAGUUCUUCCAUGGCUAUGCUAUAUAUGCUAUAUAUGUGCUCUGCACUAUGUAUCCAGACUAAACUACGAGGUAAAGUAAAAGUAAAGAUGCAGUUUUAGCAUGUUGAGCAGGGUACACGGUUACAAACAAAGUUAGUCUCUCAAGUAAAAUGAGAGGAUUUUACGUGUUGAUUUGGUACACAGUUAGUACAAACCUACAUUCCUCUAAAGAAGUUGCAAA